AUGGCGAGCGCCGCCCGCGGCCUGCAGGGCCUCAACGGGACCCCCGCCAACCCCCCCGGCUCUAUGCAGCCCUCCAGCCGCUUACGGAGACGGGCACGGAGCACCGAGGUGGAUGAGAGCCUGUUUGGGGUAAGGGGGGGCGAUUUGGGGGCAUUUUGGGGGGGAUUUCAGCCCCUUCCCCCCCCUCUGUUUUACUGCUGCGGUCUCACGGCGCCGCGUCGGGGUUUUUGCAUCGGUUCCCCCCCGCUUUGGGGUUUUUCCUUACAGUCUCACGGCCCCAUUGUGCUCCUACGGGAUGCGCGCAGCUCUCCAAAAUCAGCGCCCGGCGCUCAGCACCGCCCCGAAACCAUCCGACUGCUCGGCAACGGCCUCAUCCGCAGCCUCGUCAUCCCCUCAGAGAAGCCGACACCGGCCCUCAUCAUCGGCCUGCAGGACUUCCAGCGCAUCCAGGAGUCGUCCCGAGUGCAGAGCAAGGAGCAGCGUGCAGCUGAGCUGGCAGCCCUGAAAGCACAGAGGGAGGCAGAGCUCGAGGCCAUGAACGAGCGGAAGGCAGCAGCAAAGCGACAAAGCCUCCUGCAGCAGAGCAAGCAGAGCGAGCUGGAGGAGGAGGCGAAGGAACGCGCCCAGCACCUCCUGCAGCGGGCGAACAGGAUGCGCAUGGAGCAGGAGGAUGAGAUCAAGGAGUUCAGUGAGCUGCUCCUGGGUGUGAGGUGCCACAUGAUCCGCGACACGCAGAUCCUGGAGAAGCAGCAGAUAGCCAGAGAGCUGGAGGAGGAGGAGAAACGCCUGGCCAGGAUGAUGGAGGUGGAGAGGCAGAAGGCCGACGAGAUGCAGGAGGAGCUGGAAGGCAGGAGGAAGCGGGAGCUGAUGCAAGGCAGACAGGAGCUGGUGAAGCAGAUCGAGAAGAACGCGGAGGAGCGGGCGCUGAGAGCUGAGCAGAAGGACCAGGAGAGCCAGGAAAUGCUUCGGUACCUGGAACAGCUGAAGGUGGAGGAGCAGAAGGAGUUGGAGCAGAGGAAGGAGCAGCAGAAGAAAAUCCAGGCUGAGAUUAAACGCAUCAACGACGAGAACCAGAGGUGCAAGGAGGAGCAGCUGCAGAAGGAGAAGAUGGAGGAUGAGCGGGUGCUCGAGUACCAGAGGCAGAAAAUGGAACAGGAGGCAGAGCUGGAAGCUGAGCAGGAAAGAAUCCGUCGGGAGAAGGAGAAGGAGGUGGCACGGCUCAGGGCCAUGCAGGAGAAGGCCCUCGACCAGCAGGCAGAGCGGGACGCACUGAGGGCCAAACGCAGCCAGGAAGCGGCCGAGCGGGAGUGGAGGAGGAAGGAGAAGGAGGCGGCGCGCAGGAAGGCUGAGAUGGAGGAGCAGCUGCGGCGGGGCCGGAGGCAGCAGAUCGCAGAGAAGGAGCAGCGCAUGGCUGUGCAGGUGAUGAGGGACCGGCGCGACUUCGAACGCAUCCUGCGGGCCCAGCAGAAGCAGAUUGAGAAGGAAAAGGCAGAGGAGGCUCGCAGGGCGGCCCUGCAGUCGGCCCACGCCGAUGCCAUCCGGCGUCAGAUGAGGGAGCAGCAGCAGCUGAGGGCCCAGGAGCGCAUGGCCGCCUUUGAGGAGAGCCGGAGGCUGCAGGAGGCGGCUGAGCAGCGCAGCCAGCGCAUCGCCCAGCUCAAGCAGCAGAAGAUCCAGGAGCUCAGAGCCGCUGGCAUCCCGGAGAAGUACUGUGCCCAGGUGGAGCGGUGGGCGCGCAGUGGGGCUCAGCCCCACACGGGGCAGAAGGCAGCAGCUCGGGAGUUUCGGCUCGCUUAAGCAGAGCUGCCUCCAAACAGAGAUG